AUGAGUACAGACGCGGAGAUGGCCACGUAUGGCAAAGCUGCCGCUUACCUACGUAAGCCAGAGAGGGAGAGAAUAGAGGCUCAAGCCGCACCAUUUGAUGCCAAGAGUGCCUGCUACGUGGUCGAUGUCAAGGAGCUGUACUUGAAGGCAACAAUCAUCAAGAAAGAUGGUGCCAAAGUCACAGUCAAAGUCCUGGAUACUCAGGAGGAGAAGACAGUUAAAGAAGAUGACGUCACUCCAAUGAAUCCUCCCAAGUAUGACAAGAUUGAGGACAUGGCCAUGAUGACCCAUCUCAAUGAAGCUGCUGUGCUGUAUAACCUCAAAGAGCGUUAUGCAGCAUGGAUGAUCUACACCUACUCUGGACUGUUCUGUGCCACUGUGAACCCCUACAAGUGGCUCCCAGUGUACGAUGGUGAAUGUGUAGCUGCCUAUAGAGGCAAGAAGCGUAUGGAGGCUCCACCCCACAUCUUCUCUGUCUCUGACAACGCUUAUCAGUUCAUGCUUACUGAUAGGGAGAACCAGUCAGUCUUGAUCACUGGAGAAUCUGGUGCUGGAAAGACUGUGAACACCAAGCGUGUCAUCCAGUACUUUGCAACAAUCUCAGUUGGUGGAGAAGGGAAGAAGAGAGACACAUCAAAGGGGUCACUGGAGGAUCAGAUUAUUGCAGCCAAUCCCCUGCUGGAGGCCUACGGUAAUGCCAAAACUGUGAGGAAUGACAACUCUUCUCGCUUUGGUAAAUUCAUCAGAAUCCAUUUCCACGCAUCUGGCAAACUGGCUAGUGCUGAUAUUGAGACAUAUCUGCUGGAGAAGUCUAGAGUGACAUUCCAGCUUCCCGCUGAAAGAGGCUACCACAUCUUCUUCCAGAUGAUGACCGGCCACAAACCUGAGCUGCUUGAUUUGGCACUCAUCACAACCAACCCCUACGACUUCCCCAUGUGCAGCAUGGGUCAGAUCGCUGUGGCCAGCAUUGAUGACAAAGUUGAGCUGGAAGCCACUGAUAAUGCUAUUGAUAUCCUGGGCUUCACAAAUGAUGAGAAGAUGAGCAUCUACAAGAUGACUGGUGCAGUGAUCCACCAUGGUAACAUGAAGUUCAAGCAAAAACAGCGUGAGGAGCAGGCUGAGCCUGAUGGCACAGAGGAGGCUGACAAGGUUGCUUACUUGCUGGGUCUGAACUCCGCUGACAUGCUGAAAGCUCUGUGCUAUCCCAGAGUGAAGGUCGGAAAUGAGUAUGUCACCAAGGGACAGACUGUACUUCAGGUGGGUAACUCAGUGCCUGCCCUGGCCAAGUCUAUCUAUGAGAAGAUGUUCUUGUGGAUGGUCAUCCGUAUCAACCAGAUGUUGGACACUAAACAAGCAAGGCAGUACUACAUUGGUGUCCUGGAUAUCGCUGGGUUUGAAAUCUUUGAC